AUGAACCGCUCGGGCACAUCGCGCGCGCCGUCGCCGACAGGGACGACGUUCUCGGGCAUAUCCAACUACCGCACAGACUCGUACCGGCCCAUCAGGGACAAGAACGUCCCCGCCAUGCCUUCCAUGGAUCCACGCCGCAUCGCAAACAUCCAUUUCCAGGAGCUCAGUCGUUACCUCGCAGAGUAUCUUGCCGCAGAACCCGCGAAUUCGCGCUCGAGUGCAAGACAAAAGCUGACAAGGCUAACGCGGCAGCAAUUCCAAGAACUCUCGACAGAUGUGUAUGAUGAGCUCAUGCGGCGGCGGCAGAACAACUCUGGGCAGAACGAAGCAGUCCCCUUCCUUCCCGUGCGCGACGACUUUCACCCCAAACGCAACCAGGCCCGCCAGAAACUCGCCACCCUCCCCACCUCCCGCUUCCAAGACCUCUCCAGCGACGUCUACUACGAACUCUCCCGUCGCUACCCCGAAUUCAAAGAGGAGCCUUCCCCCGGCUCGACCUACGACGACUACCCCUCCCCCGACUUCCCCACCUCCCCCCGCUCCAAAGGCGGCACCCCCAGCGUCUCCUCGCGGCGCAAGCCCUCGCAGGACGCCGGGCGCAGCAUCCGCCGGCCCUCGCAGGACACGACGAUGAACGAGUACGGCCGCCGGCCCAGCGGGAGCGUGAGCACGACCAGCGAGCGCAGCGACCCCCAGAGCGCGACCGCCACGAGCGGCGUCGUCAUCCCCAACAAGAGCACCAUCGCGGAGGAGGAGAUCGAGGUGCCGUACGGCCGCGAGGGACGGGAUAGCUCCAGUACGGCGAUGGACGAGCGCGAGCGCGAACGCAGCCGCGAUGUCGAUACCGACGGCGUCACGGAUGGCGAGACGGACGACCCGGGCCCGCGCAGCCCGCCCGGCAUCGGGCUCGGUGGGCUCAGCGGGCUCACCGCCCGCCUCAGGGACGCGGACGAAGACGAGGAGGAGGAGACCGUCAGCAGGGGCGGAAAGGAGGAUUACUAUGACCGCAUGUCGUUUGGGCGCGCAUCAGUCGCAAGUGACCGCUCCGCUGGCGGGCGAGCAGGGAGAGAGGACGAGGAAAGGAUACGUAGGGAAUACGAGUACAAGAUUGCGACGAUGCAGAAUCGCAUCACGGGUUUGGAGCGCGAGCUCGAGAGCUCAGGUGGCGAGGAUCGCGUGAGGCAGAUGGAGGGCGAGCUCGACCAGCUCAGACGGCGCGCAGAGGAGCAGGCGACCACAAUCCUCGCCCUACAGAGAGAACUUCGUGAGCUCCGAGAGGAUCGAGCUAGGGAAAAGGACAUGGAGGCUCGGCGAGCGAGAGAGGACGAGGAGGAACUGCACAUUCUACGUGAGCGGUGUGAACGUCUGGAAGAGGAGCGCGCGAACGGCGGGGGAGGAGGCGCGGAUCCGGAGAUUAUCGACCAGCUCAGGGCGGACAUGGAGGGCCUCAUGGCAGAACUUACUGAUCUUUCACGUCGGAACGACGAGCUCAUGAAUGCGAAAGACUCGGAUCUCGCGGUCAUACGCGAUUUGGACGCGCAGGUCAAAGAGUACAAGCGCAAGUACGAGCAAGCAAAGACGGAGCUGCGCAGCGUAAAGGCCACGUCCCAGCUAUUCUUGCCUACGCCAAAGACGGACGACCAGCUGCCGACCUCGUCCGACGGCGGCCUGCUCGAUAUCCACGUCACGGCGUUCGUGUCGUCCAUUGACAACCUCCUCAAAGAGGGCCGGUCUAAUGCGCCCACGCGUGUGCUCAUGCCCAUGAAAGCCGUCGUCAACGCCGUGUCCGCCAUCGUCGAUGAUGUCCGGGCAUUUGAGCGUCGGCCCUCUCAAGAUCGGGAUCGCAUGGAAGUGGAUAUGGAGGCGCUGAGGGCACUCAGGGAGCGCGCAGAGGCCACCCUCAGUAACCUCGUCGCCGCUACCAAAACGCAUGCGACGAGCAACGGGAUGGCGCCCGUCAGUCUCCUCGACGCCGCUGCCAGCCACGUCUCCGCGACAGUCACAGAGAUCGGGAAGACGAUCUACAUCCGCAAGGCGAGCAAGGCUGAGAUGGAGCAGUUUAACCCUGCUUCGAGCUCGUCUGGGGCGGCCACCAAUGGCUUCUCGCCGGCGCUCAGGUCGGUGGAGGAGAAUAGGAUGCAUGGGCGCGCGGGGAGCAGUUCGAGCUCGAGACGCGAGUAUGCCAGCUCUCCACCGCCUAUCUUUGAUCAGCCGAAUUCCGCUGGAGUAGGUCCUGUCGGUAGCGACGAGUCGGCGGCGCCUGACGGUUCAGAGGACGCAUGGGCCGAAUUAAAGCCUUACCUAGAAGCGCAAACGGAGUCGAUAGUGUAUGCUAUCCAGAGCGUCCUAUCAGGCGUCCGCAGUCCCACCCCCUCCCCGACCUUGAACGAGAACCUUACGCAGAUCAUCACGAUCGUGUCAAGCAUCGUAGCCGUCUGCAAGGACAACCUACCCCCUGGGUCCGCCCAGCAAGGAGCUGAUAUCAUCAGCGAGCUCAGUGACCACGCGAACAAGCUUAGCGAGGUGCAGGCACAGCCAGAAGUCACGAAAGAGUCGCGGCAGAUCAUGGCCAAGUCCAGCUUUGCUGUUGCGAACGCCAUGAAGGCAUUGAUGAAGUUGGCUUAGGGGCAGCUGGAUUGGCGUUCUCUGCCCUUCCUCUCUUUCUGUUGUUUUUUUCUCUCUGAGAUACGCACCAUGACGUCGCGCUUGGACUAAAUCCACACUCAGUAGAGAAGUAGACGGGCUGCACUUGG